AUGACUCCCCAGCUCUGUGGACCCCUUGUAUACAAGUUCCGCGAGCCGGAAUUGCCGCCUGAUCCCACGUAUCCAGACCCGCGGGGUCGUUUCCCGAAAUUGGAUAUUGACCUUCACCGACAUUCGAAAAAGGAGGACACCGACAAAGACACCAAAAUCGACACCAACAGUAACAAUGAAGAGAAGACGGCAGCGCUCACGGACCCCCAUUCACCAGAACCUAUGACCACCACCACCCGUCACCUCUCACCCCGCCAGUACAGGGACCCCCAAACGCUCGGCCUCGACGACCACUGGUUGGCGGCAAUAUUUGACGAUCAUUGGAAGGAUCUGCGCUGGGUCACGUUUGUAUAA